AUGAGCAGUAGGCUUGCAUCUUUCCGGGGUCCGUCAACACCUACCACUUCCCCAGCUCUUCGUCAACAACAGCCAAAUUCUCCUUCAUCGCCGUCGCGCUACACCGAGUCAACAUACCAUCGAAAAACAAGGACUUUGUUGCAAGAGCUUCGAUCAGUGACAGAAACUUGGGAUGAUUUAGUUCUCAUAGAUGGUUUGAAGGCCGCCCGCCAGCUUGUAGAUACGAGAACAGACUUAGAUAAUGCCUUGAAGUUAGUUCCAGAUAGACGACCGAACACUCAUCUGGUUGGGCCCAAGUUGAUAAUAAUGGACGAAUGUAUCGCAAGACUAGACGCUGUCCUCGCCAAGCUGCAAAAACAAUUCCAAAGGAUGAAUAGUAUCAUCGAAAACUUGGAAUUAGUAUUGAUAGACGCCCACAAAGUAAAAGGGUGGCAAUGGGUACAAGAAACACCAUUAUGGGUUACAUGGCCGUUGGAAGCGUUUGUCACCCGCGUUCCAGAGAUACUUAAGCCGUACCAUCGAUCAUUAGCGUUACACACCCAAUUAGUCGAUUCCCUCCGAAAACACUCUACGCCGUUUGAAGUAUCGCGCGAGAUUGUCAAUAAAUGGGUGGAGCAACCAUGGCUAGAGGGUGCUGGAUGGGAGGCAGUUUGGGAGGAUAUCUGCGAAGCAGAAGUAGAGCGUUGGGGUGGUGCUUGA